AUGUCUAGUAAUAGUAAUACAUUAACGAGUGGCAAUAGUAGCAGCGGCGGUAGCAACAGCAGCAGCGGUAGUACCAAUAAUAAUAGUUCUUCAUCAUCGGGAGGAACAGUUGUACAAGCAUCAAGAUCUAAAUAUAGAGUAUCAUUAAGUUAUCUUGGACUGUCUGCAGGAGUGGUACUGUUCACUCUGAUGAUGAUGAAUGUAAUUGGCAUGGACUUUGUGUCGCAUACAGUUUCAUCACAGAUCAUUCUGAGCAUUGCUCUUUUUACUCUUCAUCUUUUAUUUGGCAUCUAUGUCUAUCCAUCAGCAUUUCAUGUUAGCGGCGGCAAUACAAUGAGUCUUGAACUCAAGAUACAACGUGCAUUCACUGGAUGGCUCAUAGGAAUGGUGCUCUUUUACUUUGUGUCUAUACUCUAUGGCGCACCCAUCACUCGAUCAUUCUUUAGAACUCUCUUUUUCGGACAACUACUAUCUUCAAUGACUGCAGUCCCCACUGCCAUUCUAUUGGGUUGUCAUCCUCAAACUUGGAAAGAUUUAUUCUUUUCUCCAAAUCAUAAUAGUGUAUAUGAAACAUGUUGUACAAUAGUAGUAGUUUUUAGUUUAGUUGGUGCAUGGGUUGGCGGAUUUGUUAUUCCAUUGGAUUGGGACCGUCCCUGGCAAGCGUGGCCAAUCAGUUGCGCGUACGGAUCUAUUGGAGGUCACAUUUUAGGUCUUUGGUUAUCUUCCAUCUACUCUUUGUUUCACAAGGAAAAGAACUCUGUCUCUUGCCUCAUCCUCAUUUGGAGGAGGGAGAGAGAGAGGACCCUAAAUGAACAAACAAACAAACAACCUGGCGUUUAUCUUUCCGGGACAAACCAACUAACCAAUCAACCAAACUCUAAACAUAAAAGAAAGAAAGCAAACAAGAGACAUCAUCAUUCAUCAUCAUCAUCAUCAUCAUCAUCAUUCGAUCGAUCUUUUGUUGUAUUAGCUUGUGCGCACGAGAAGGGAGGAGCAGCAGCGGUAGUGUCUACUACUACUACUUACGUGUUGGAAUACCACGAUGGAAUGGCUGUCGACGACCAUAAUAAUACACCGCCCAAUUCGACGGUACUAUCAUCGUCAUUAUCACAGCAGCAGCAACAACAUCCUCACCACAUAUCGUCCAAUUCUGGGUCCACUUCAUCUUCAUCACUAACUAAUUGUUCUGGUGGAGGUAGUAGUAAUAGUCUUGUCAGCAGUAGUAGUAAAGGUGUAGGAGGAGGUGGAGGAAAGGGGGACCGAAAAUCAAGUAAAGGAUCAAUACUCAAUAUCAGUCCAUCACCAACUAUUACAACUAUUUCUACUAUUGCCAACGGAGCUACUACACCAAUGUCUACAUCAUCAUCUUCAUCAUCACUAUCAACCACCACCUCAACAACACCAUCAACUGCAACAUCUACAACAACUACUACUACAACUACUGUCUCAAUCAACAAUAAUAAUCAUAAUAGUAUAUUGAGUAGCUCAAGGAAAUCAAAAAGACACACCAAGAGACCAAUGUCUCUAGAUUCUAAACUCUUUUAUAAUGACUAUAUCAUGAAUAGUUGUGAUCCACCACCAAACUUUCCUCCUAUUGAAAGAGAUAAAGAAAAGGAGAAAGAAAAGAAAGAAAAAGAGAAAGAAAAGGAGAAAGAGAAAGAAAAGGAAAGGGAGAAAGAAAAGGAGAGAGAGAAAGAAAAAGAGAAAGAAAAGAACAAAAAUAAUAAUACUAAUAAUAAUAUCAACAAAAAUAAUCAAAUUAAUAAUAAUGAUGAAUUAAAUAAUAAUAAUAAUAAUAAUAAUGAUAAUAAUAAUAAUAAUAAUAAUAAUUUAACAAGUUUUAAUAUUAUACAUCAUAAUCAACAACCAUUAUUUAUUAAAAACUUUAACAAUGAUAUGGAAGGUGAAGAAGAAGAAGAAAUCAAACAAGUAUUUGUAUAUAUAGACAACCAUAAUAAUAAUAAUAACCAUCAAAACUCUUUUAAUCUUCAACAAUCCAAUUCAACAACAUCAUCAUCAAAAUCACGUUCAAGUACUAUAACAAGUCGAAAUAAUUUGAUUAUAUCUCCAAUUGGUUAUAUUAUCAAUAGUAAUAAUAAUAAUAAUGGAAAUGGUGGAUCUAUCAAUGGAAAUACAAUGGUUGAUCUUAGUCGAAUGACUCCAAUAUCAAAUUUACAUGAAACCUCGUCAACAUCUUCAUUAUUCGAACCAAUCUUUAUAGAAAACAAACAAGUUGUUGUAUGUGAGCAUUGCAAUCAUCCAACCAUUAUCAAACAUGUCGACCAUAGUCACAGUCCCAAGACUGUUUUCAAUAAUGACACUAGUAGUACGAGUAGUAUUCUAGAGUUGUCAAACCUCUACAUAACCUCACCCAAUGGUAAUCACAACCACAAUCAGUCUGGGUUCAAUCCAACUACAUCAUCGACACCUACCAACUUUUCAUCACUCUCAUCGUUUAGUCAAUACAUCAAACCCAUUAGCCAGAACCCACAAUACGGCAGUCUCAGCAAUUUGGGUGACCACCAUAGCAACAAUAGUAUGGGCAAUAGUACCAAUCUAUUGUCUGCAUCAUCACCAUCCAUCAUCACUCCAUCUACCCCUAGUAUUGAAAGACAACAACAGAGUCAACAACAACAACAGAGUAGCCUGUCAUUCUCUACAGAUGCUGCCACCUCGGGCAACGUAGGUGGUAAUAGUAUUAGUUUGAAUAGUAGUUUGUCUCAAAUCCCACCUGCAUCCUCUUCAUCGCAACCUCAUUCAUCUUCACCCUCACCACUUACACUUCAUCAAUCUAUUGGUAGUACUUCGGAUCUUUUUAACAAAUCUUUAAUUAAUUCAUUCCUUUUAAAUAAUCGUCUUCAACAACAACAACAACAACAAAACUCUUUUUCAACUAAUCAAACAAAUAGUAAUAGUCCAAAUCGUGGAUAUUCUGGAAUUGAAUUCUUUUCUACAACUACAACUACAACAACAAAUAAUAAUCAACAACAUUCAUUAUCAACAUCACCAACCAUUUCAUUUAAUAAUAACAAUGUAAAUUGUUCUUCUAGAACAUCUGUUAAUAUUGGUCCAUCAAGUACAUCUUCUACAUCAUCAAAGAUUGAUCAAUUUGGAUAUGAUUUUGUUACAAGACAGGAUACAUUCUUGGCAACAUCACUUGAUCCAAUGGGUAAUAUCAACAAUAACUGUAAUAUCAAUAGUAUUAUUAACAACAAUCAUAAUAAUAAUAAUAAUAAUAAUAACUCAUCAUCAGUUGGAUAUGAUUUUCCACCACUUAAUCAAUCCACAUCAUCUAAAAUAUCGAUUACUAGUGCCGGAUCUACCAAUCUACGCGGCGGCGUAUCAAUGUCCAGAGAUUGUGCCUCUGUUAGUGAAUGUAGUAGCAAUGGAGGUGCUGCAGGAUAUCAAGAUCCAUUCUAUUAUCAAGUUCCUUUAAACAAAAAGUCAACAACCAGUGUUGAUGACUAUCUCCAAGGAAAGGACUUGACUUUUCUUCACUCGACCGACCAUGAAACCAUCUCUGUCAAGGAAAAAUCAACUUCAUCCAAUUCCUCUGCCUAUACUAGUUUAUCGGCUUCGAUGAAUAGAAAUACUUUAUCAGUUUCACAACAAAGACCAAGAGGUAGAUCAAUCUCUGAUUCUUUAUUUAUGGCUCAAAAUGCUAAAGAUUGUAUUAAUGAUAUACAAAGAGCAUUAGAAAAUGAAAAGAUAAAGAAAAAUAGAUUUAAAGAGCUUAAAGAAGUAUUAAGUGAUUUGGGUGAUGUCAUUGAAAUUGAUGAUAUUCAAUUUGUUCAAAAGAUUGGUGAAGGUGCUUUUAGCGAGGUAUGGGAAGGAUGGUGGAAAGGAAUUAGAGUAGCUGUAAAGAAAUUAAAGGUUAUAGGAGAUGAAGAACAAUUUAGGGAAAGAUUUGUUAGAGAGAUUCAAAAUUUAAAGAUUGGAAACCAUCAAAAUAUUGUAAUGUUUUUGGGUGCGUGCUAUAGGCCAGCAUGUAUCGUAACCGAGUUUAUGAGCGGUGGUAGUCUUUACAAUAUAUUGCAUCAUCCCAAUCCAGCACAUCGUAUCAAUUAUAGCUAUCCGAUCGUUUUAAAGAUGGCUACUGACCUGGCAAUCGGUCUCAUGCAUCUGCAUUCACUCAACAUUGUCCAUCGUGAUCUGACGAGUCAAAACAUCUUGCUCGACGAACUCGGAAAUCUAAAGAUAUCAGAUUUUGGUUUGUCGCGCGAGAAGCCUCGUGAGGGAUCGGUCACCAUGACCAACGGCGGUAUUUGCAAUCCACGUUGGCGACCACCCGAGAUCACUAAAAACCUUGGACACUACAGCGAAAAGGUCGACGUCUUUUGCUUCUCACUCGUCAUUUGGGAGCUGCUGACUGGCGAGAUCCCCUUUUCAGAGCUCGACGGAUCACAGGCGUCUGCGCAAGUCGCCUACACUGGUCUGCGUCCACCCAUCCCUGACAGCUGCAGCAAGGAGCUCUCUGAUCUUCUAGUGCAAUGUUGGGAUGACGAACCAGACAUUCGUCCACCGUUUUCAGAAGUUGUAAAUAGACUAAAAGAUAUUAGUUGGAAUAAUCCAAUUGGAUUUGUUGGUACUACUACAGAUUAUAAAGAUCAACCAAAUAAUCAAAAUCAAAAUCAAAAAGAAACAAGUAAUGGUAGUACUACAACUUAUUCUGUAUCUGUUGCUCAAGUUUUACCAAUAUCCCAAUCCCCAUCCCCAACAAAUAGUAGUAGCAAUAAUAAUUAA